AUGGUGAAGGCAGACAUAAAGAAGGACUACUAUGGCGAUCUGGGUCUUGACCCCAAAGCUGAAGAAGACGAAAUACGACAAAAGUAUAGGAAACUAGCUUUAAAAUUCCACCCGGAUAGGAAUCCAGGGAAAGAACUCGAGUUUAAUGCCAAAUUUCAAUCCAUCCAAGCCGCAUACGAAAUCCUUAUAGACCCUAAAGAACGAUUAAAAUACGAUACUGGCAGGCUCCGUGCGGGAUAUGGUAAGUACUAUGGCCCUCCCAGAGCAAGCGCGCCUCCUCGCCCGCAGUAUUCCCAGCCAAACCACUCUCAACCCCGACGGGCACCCACGCCAGCAAAUUAUCCUAGAGCCACCCCAAAUUCUCCCAGUCAGUCUAGGGGAACGCCAGCACCUGGUACGCAGCCGCGAAGGCCUAGUGAGCCGAACGCCCAACAUCGCCCUCAAGGGUUUCCGCACCCGGGAUCCUAUCCUCCACCUCCUUCUGCCGGUGCGCAGAAAUACACGAGCUAUGCGAAAGCAACUUCACAGCAAAAAUGGGAUAAAAUUUACGAGGAUACAAGAACCAGGGCGGAUGCAUUCCGUGGAUUCCAGGAAAUGAAACCGAAUCCCAACACAGGUGGAUGGGCAGGAUUCGAUCCAAGGACAGGCCAAUCAAACCAAUCGGGAUCGGCUCCGCAACCCUCUCAGCGUCCUCAAUCCGCAUUUGAAGCAUAUUUCAACGUGCCAAAGGCAUCUCCGCAUCGCGCGCAUGCAAAGAAGAGACAAGGAUUUGCUCCCGCAACCCCAGGUGGCGAUGAGCCAAUGGCGCAGAAUACCUCAGCCUACACCAGUUCUAAUAGGGCUCGGGCUUCUUAUCCCCAUCCACAUUUUGAGCCUGCCCCUCCACCAACGGCAAAAAAAUGGCCGCGCCAGGAAGAAUCCACAGAUACUAAUGUGCCAAAUCUCCAGAGGACGAGCAGUAAAUAUGCAAUGGCUGGUGGUGAAAAAACAUAUGUAUCAGGUGCUGGCCUCGGGCGAUCGUCAAGUACCAGGGAUUCACCAUUUACCGAGUCUGAUUCCCGGUCCCGUACAAACCCCCCAAGCCCAACCUCCCCCCAGUCUAAUCGUGGAAGGCACCACAGUGCCAGCCCAAAGCUCAAACCGAACCGCGACCGGCCUUUUCCGUCUUCUCCAUCAUCAAGCGAUUCGGAGAAGGUCGAUAUAUCGUCUAGACCAAAACGGACGCCACGGAGUAGGAUGUUUGCGAAAAGAGAAACUGUGUUUAUGAAUGCUGAUUCCGGUAAGGAACCUUUGGGCUGGGCAACUCACAGGGGCUCUUGGCUUUUUUCCGAGUCCUAUAUGCGCCCAGAUGGAACCCCCAGGCAAAAGCCACAGAAGAGAUGGACCCCGGAUACUGACUGUGAGAAACCUCAAGGACAACCUUCAAACAAUACAGGAUUUAACCCACAUGGCUCUCACGGACACGUUCCAGCUGCGAAAACCCACUUUCAGCAGGCCUAUGCCACCGCAAACAACGCCCCGAAUCACGCGACCGGAAACCCUACCUAUAACUCAAGGCAGUCACGUACGCCUGAUAAUUCUAAUAAUAUGUAUGGCCCACCCCAUAAGUCCUUUGUUCGCGAGUGGUCGGAAAGAUGGGGCUUUACCUCAUCGACUACUGCUACUGAUACCCCUGAACAAUCAUUCCCGCUUUGGGCUUAUCCGUCCAGCAUCCUGCCCCAGCUUUCUAAACCUCCAAAACAGAGAAAAGAAGGCCGUGAUCAAAGCUUUGCGUUCCCAGAUAGGGAUGAGAUAGCACAGGACAGAGCCCAACCCCAUAUGAACCCACUUAAUUCAGCCCACGUCGAGAACACUAGGAUGAACGCUGACUCAGUUCCAAUUCCCAGUUUUGGCCCGUUUGCAAACAGAAGUACCCCCCCUCUAAGCGGUAAACCCAAGAGUAAAAGUCAUGAGAGUAUCGAUGUUACCUUCUCUGCCGCAGACUGGAGCGGCAAAUUCCAGCACGCAACUGAAUUUUUCGCACCGAAACCCUCCAGAGACCAGUCGAAGUCGUCCCGCGCUCGCGGUCGGAGUAUAAGCAGGCCGAACUCUGCGACUCACCCUCGACCCUUCCCACCACCUGGAAAUGCGACUCAGAAUCACAAAGAGAAUGCCAGUAAGCCUUCAUCGGCUUUUACGGAGUCUGGAUUCUCAGUCGAAAAAUGGAAGGAAGAAGUUCUGAAGGCCGAUAUUUGGUCUAUUCCCCAUAAUGAACUGCCCCACCAGAGCUCAAACCGCCAGAAAAGUCCGAGAAAACAAUCAAAACCGGCCGUGAAGCGGCAGCCAACAAUACCCAAACCAGCGGCUGUCACGACGGAAGCAGAGGAGAUGAAAUCGACGCUAUGGAAUGGAAACACCGAUGAACCCAAACAGACCUUUUCUGAAGGUGUUGAGGCAAUGGAUAUUGAUGAAGGGCUCUCAGCCAGCAAACCACAACAGCACCCUAUUCCACCAGAUACAAAACCAGAUACAAAACCAGAUACAACGGCCACAAACCCCGCAGCUGCAGCAAAAAACAGGUCAACUCCUACCCCAUCCAAUAAUACUUUAAACCUGAAAAACCUCGCCAACGUUGCACCAUUCACAGCAACCAAUAGCACCGGCAUCAAUGACCUCAACGACCUUAGCAGCACGCUCCCAUUCGAAUCCAGACCGAACGACAACAGUCGAACCCGUCUAACUGUCCGCCCACAAGACCUUGCGCUCCCUAAGCCUCCCAAAGUACCCCCAGCCCCGAAUUUCUCAGCAGCAGAUCACCCCCACAAAGCUGAGGUCCAGUUAAAAUGGGAACGCUACGUGACUGAAGUCAACGCAUACAUGCACGACUGGAAUGUAUUCAACCGUACCAUGCUCGGUCACUUCAACGCUAGACAACAAACAGUCGAGACAGGGCUUGCUCCCAAUUGGACGAGCGCUGUGGGGGACUCUGCGCGGUUACGUAUUAAUGAUGGCGUUGAUUCCACUGGAAAGAAGACCAACGACAACAACAAGACAACAGUGAAUAGCGGUGACGCCGUACGAGACGAUGAUGAUGGCAGCGAUGCCGAUGAUGAGCAGCUGGUCGCUGGAAGCGCCAAGGGGGGAUUCAAUGCCUACAUGCGUGGUGUUAAGGAGGACUUUGUCGUUAGACAGCAUUGGGAGGUUGCGUGGGAGCGCCACCUGGCCGGUUUGGAAGCGCUCGAUGCGACGCGAAAGUUCAUGAGGGGUAGAACCCACCACCAGCCUGUGCCAGCUGUGGUUCGUGUCGGAUAGUUUGGAUACCUCUAUUUCUCUGUGUUGUUCUUCUGAUCUUAAUAGAUAUUAUUAUUAGGUAAUGGAAAGCUGUAGGUGUGGUGGGCCUGAGAAACGUACGGCAGACCUUGUACGUGUUAUAUAUUACAUAGUACAUGGACACAUGGUACAUGUUUAUAUGUGAGCGAACCAUGCGUACGGUUUUGGGGUUGUUAAGGGGACGGCGGAACACGGAGAGCGGGGAGAGGGGAUAACAAAUCAUAGGCGGCAUGGACAGACGGCGCACAGUUUUUCCACAGCCAUCAUGACAGGAUUAUAUACUGUACGAUUGGAAGCGAAUGAUUUCCUUUUUUUUCCCCUUCUUUGAUAAUUAAUCUCCCAUGCUUUUGGUCAGCUGGGGUUAACCAUAUUGUUUUAUGCCUUUUGUUGAUUCUUUUGUGACCCAUAUUUUAUCUGUGAGUGUUUGACUGUGUGUUUCAUGGUUUUUUGCAUAUGUACUCCGUACAUACUUGUAUAGUUAUAUCAAUUAUUAUAUGGUUUGCUCUCCCUGCCCCUGCAUUGUACAGUACAGUACAACUUCUGGCUCCCGCUUUCGGAAAGUAGCCCUAAGUCAAGCCCUAAGCCCUAACUGGAUUUUGCCCCUCCUUGGCUGGUGUGAGAAUUUUAAACUUCUUUUUUUU